AUGACGACUAGCGAUGAAAUGGGCAUGGGCGGCAACUUCUGCCACGACCACAUCCAGCAUCCGCUGAUGUGGUGCGAUGAGAAGAAGCGUCUUGUGGAGCGCAAGAAUGCAGAGGAGAGUCUUCGCAUGUGGCGGCGCAGGAAGGCGGAGGAGUGUGCUCGCAAGGAGAAGGAUAAGCAGGAGUACUACGACCUGUUUCACCAACAUUGUCCUUGGGGUCGACCUGGUGGUGGGGCACCCAACGUAGAGGUGCGCCGCAAGGACAUCACAGCCGCAGGCCUUCACUCCACGCCCACAGUGACCAAUGCCCACCGAAUGAAUCUGCUGCAGCCGUGUCGCUACAACGACUUCUUCUCGAUGCAGAAGAAGUGCCACAACAACCCGCUGGCCGCCUACCAUCACCACCACCACCACGCCCCGCCUGCCCCGCCGCCGGGUGGUCGACUGGGCCACGCGCACUCGGUUCAUCACCUGCAGGAAAGUGGUCCCAGGAGCAGCACCGUAACGAUUUGCGAGCGGGAGAUUCCGCACAAGCCCGGAGCGGCAGUUGGUGUCAAUGUGGCCAAAAACGCCAACGGCCAUGUGGACAUAGAAUUGCGUUACAAGCCCUCUCCGCCGUGCAAGGGCAAGCCGCUCCUGGAGAAGAUCGUGGUCAGCGAGAGUGAGCAGCGAUGUCCUUUGCAGGAAAAGCUGGCCACUCAGAAGAAGCGCCUGCAGGCCAAACUAGAAAAGCCGUCCUGCAAGGAGCCCUGGGGCAAGGCGGGUCCGGGCGGCAAGCCCUGGCGGAGUCCCAAGGAAGUGGGCAACACGUUCUUGAAGUCACUGGGUUGGACGAACAAGGAGAUGCUGAAGGAGUUGGACCAGGAUAACCCGGUGACUCCGGCGGAGAAGAAUACCUUUCGCAAAUCGCGACCGGGCAAGCCACCAAAACCGCAGCGCUGCUGUGAGUUGUGCACUUGCAACUGUCCCGCCAUGCAAAAGAGUCCGCCCAAGCCGUCGCCACUUUCACUUCCCAUUCCGCCGGGCAAGAAGUGCCCGGGUCCGCCAGGUCCGCCGCCCGGAAAGAUGCUGCACCACUUGAAGCCGCAAGACUGCGGCGGCAAGCCCGUCAAGCUGUGCCCCCGCAUGGCGUCGAGAGGUCCCUGUCCCGGGAGCACCAGUACCGCCACUCCGGAUGCCAGCACGGCGGGAGGAAACGGGGGAGCCUAUGGCGAGGGUGGCGGGGUGGAGCUGGUUCCCCUGCUCGCCAGAAGGCGUGGCAUGCACCGACCCAUCAGCCUCUCCAGCACGGACGUGACCAAGAGGACGCCGUCGCACGAUAGGUACGCAUCCAAGCACAAGCAUCCACCAAAGAACUGUCAGCUGACCACCACCAAGAUCAAGUGCAUCAACAGCAUCAUCAAGAACAUCAGCCACAUGAAGCGGCUGCCCAAGAAUCUGAACUGCAAGCUGCAGUGUUGCAGUUGCGAUUGCCCCACGGCCUUGGCCACGGGCUGCUGCCUCAAGCGGCUGACCCUGCACAUUCGCCAGGCUUAAGGCCCACGUUCUUUCAAUCCUG